AUGAAUCACGAGGACGAGAACCAACUGUUAAACAGUAUUAUUCAUUCGAGAAUACAAUUAGAAAGAGGAUUGGUUUCAAUCUUUCACUAUUUUUUAAAUCAUUCUAAUCAACAUAUUAGAAAUGAAUCGGCAUUAUGUAUAUUAAAUAUAUCUUCACAUUUUGGAUAUUCCAAUAAACUGGUGGAAGAAGGCGUACUCGAGAGCCUGAUCAAGUUAUUUCACAAGGAAUCAUCCGCCAUGUUUGGUGCUGGUACAAGUGUAUCGGUGCAGGUGGAUGCCGACCAGCAUCAGAUGAUGAUUGUAUUUAUCGAUUAUAUUAUAUCGAUUCUGUCAAAUGUGGCUGCUGAAGAACCAAUAUAUAGAGAUGAGAUGGUAGUUAUGGGAGUUGCUUCGCGUCACACAGACAUCCUUUUACGUGCAGUCGAACGAUACCAAGGUACUGUCACACAAGACUUGUUACUCGAGUUGAUCCAGGAUUGCACAAGUUUUAUGGCUGCCCUUUCUAUCACAUCCAACAACAUUGUUGGUGUGUUACCAUUAGUACCUUCAAUCAAAGCAUCACUCUUUUUUAAUGAUGAGAUGGUAUUACAGAAUGCACUACGUUCAUUUAUUCUUAUUAAUGGAAAUACACAACUCACCAGUCACGCAACAUCAUCAUCAUCCUUAUCAUCAUCAUCUAACCCAUUCAAUCUAUCAUUUAAUCCAUCAGAUUUUGAUAUGAUUAAACUUAUCAACACAACCAUCACAUCACCUGUAAAUAUUGUAUCUAGAUUAUUAUUCUUAAUUGAACAGUUUUAUUUCCAACAACAAAAUCAACAUCAUCAACAACAUCAUCAACAACAACAAACUAGUGUAGAUUACUUGACAUUAGAAUUGUUAUUAUCUAGUUUAUCAACCACUCUUUUCUAUUUUAAUCGUAACAAUAAUAAUAGCAACACCCAAUUCCUAGUCAAUACAUUAAAGAUGGUUUCACAAAUCAUCAUUAAUGAACCAAAUAAUGACAUUGUAGAUAUAUCUUGUAAAUUACUUUACCAACUUGUCGAAAUCACUUUGACUAUCAACACCAACAUUCACACUGUUAUUAAUCUUUCAACACUAUUAAAUUCAGUGUUGUCAAGAGACUAUUACAGCCACAACAUUGUAUAUUUGAUUGAAUUCUUUUUAAACCAAAAACUAAUUAUCGGACACCAGUUGGACCAUGCCAUUGGACAUCUCAUACAAUCACUGUCGUACCAUCUUGCUAUCGACCACCAAGACACUUGUAAUUAUAUCCUGUUGGUCAUUGACAGGUUGGUCGAAAACCAAGGACACCUCUUUAAGGAUGUCUACACUUGUCGUCCAACCAUCCUCAACCAACAAUUAUCAACCAUUCUCCAACAAUAUAUUAAUAAUAGUCAUAACAAUAAUAAUAACAGUAAUAAUAAUAAUGAAACAACCACGACCAUCUUGAAUGCAACAGAGACAUGUCACUUUUUUGUUGAUAGCGCGCCAACACCCAAUAUUAGUGGUAUGGUAUACAAUAAACCAUCGACUCAAUAUGUAGGAGCAUUAUCACAGUCUUGUAAUUGGACAGUUUCAUUUGGACUUGUUGACCCGAUGGGUCUACCAAUGACCAAUGUCUUGUUUGGUGCAGUCAAUGCACAGUCUUCACAAGAUGCAUAUGGUUCAACAUACUAUUAUGCAAUGGUCUAUCUUACACCCGAUGCAAGUAAUAGUACUGCAUCUCUAAAGAUUUCAGUUUCUGUCACUACUAGUGUUGGUACUACUAUCAUUAAUACAACUGGUUUAUUAAUGUGUAUAUUAUCUACAACUGAUCCAGCAAAUGCAUUUACUGUAUCACCUCCAUUCUAUGAUCCACUUAAAAAUAAGAUAGUUGUAUAUGCUACAACUACAACUUUGGCAACACCCGAUAAUAUAUGUGUAUCGUCAACUUGUAGUCCUUGGAGAGUGAUUGCCGAUCACUCUGCAUCGAGGUUGACAAGAGAAAGAAUCUACGAGUUGACAUUCAUGACAUCAUCAUCCGUCCUUGAUAAUAAUGUAUCACUCUUUGGCAAAUCAACCAUCAUUCCACCUAUAUUUAAUUAUAUUGUCUUACCAACUGUUUUAUGGGCAACUUUAACAGUUUCAUUUAGUGGAAUAGUAGGUGGAAUGGUAGAGAUGUAUGUUAAAGUAGAGAUGAGUGCUCCAUCAGUACUCUAUGCCUAUCCAACCUCUAAAUUCUUCCCAUAUGAAGGUACAAGAACCAAUGGAACCUAUCUCUACUACUUUUACACUACCGAUGAUUCCCCACAUCUAUGUCCAUUUAGAUCUGAGGGUACUUCAAAUUACCCAAACAAAAUGUUAACUUUAACUUUUUCUCUUGAACCAGUAUAUUAUUUUAUUGAUAGUGAAAUGAUUAUUGUUAAUUCAGUCAAACCACAAUCUAGUUUGGUGUCGGUUAAAGCCAAUAAGAAUGUUUCACCAACUCAUUUAACCAUGACAUAUGAUACACAGACCUUUAGUAGAUAUAUUUUACACACAUUCCCAUUCUCUUAUGGAGCUGGUCGUUCUGAUCUCUAUGUUUCCACACUUUCAUUGAUUGCUCCAUCAUUCUAUCAAUAUUCUCCAAUGUCUGUAGUUAUAACUACUGUCAAUGCAUCUCAAUCUGCAGAUGCUGUUAUACAAUCUGCAAAUCAAGAUAUAAUAAUACCACAAUUACUAGCAAUUAAUUAUGAAAUGUUGGAUUAUAAUACUGGUAUUAUAAAGAUGCAUGUAUCAGAUGUUGGAUCGGGUGUGUACAAGAUAUCAAUUGUUGGAAAUGAUUUGACGAUUAAUGAUUUGUUGAAUGGAACGGUUCGGUUGGGAUGGUAUGCAAAGACAAUCACAUUUGAUCAAUUUGAUCAAAACGUUGCUAUUACCAUCGAGGAUAUGGCAGGUAAUGUUAGAAUGCAUCAGAUGGGAACUUUGUUUGUCGACGAGAACAAGGUACUACAGACCAUUCCAAACAUUUACGAAAUCUCACGUGUUGAUGCUUUAAACAUUAUUGAUUUUACGUAUAUGGCUACUCAGGUCGACGUCACCACAAAGACUCAAUUGUUUUGGAUUGCAUUUAAUCUAAAGUUUGCUCCAUUCCCUUUGGAUCGAUGGACUCCACAAGUACUCCUCCAAGGGUACGGUAUGGCCACACAAAGAAAGAUAGUGUAUGGAAAGUAUGCCGACGCAUACUAUGUCAGAUGGGAGAUCCCCGUUGGAACGAUUCCAGGUGAAAUGUUCCCAUUCAUGUUGAUCAAUCGAGAUAUUACAUCUCAACUACUGCAACAACGUACUACUGAUGUUGGAAUGACUACACCGCUGAUUAUCAAUACUGGAUACACCGAGUCGAUCGGACCAAAGAUAUCAAUCAAUGCAACCACCACUACCACCUACACCAUCCCACAGGGUAACGGUGGUAUCAUCAGUUGGACUGGUCAAAUAUACGGUCGAUUGUUUAAAGAGGGUAGUGUCGUCAUCCAAUCUUCUAUCGAUCCACUGCCAUACGAAAUGACUAUCAACCCAGACCCCUCUAACCAAUUCAUCCUAACUAUUCCCAUUGCCAGCAACUGUAGAGACCAAAACUUUACGAUCACUCGUCUCCAAGUAACAACGAUCGUCGAUGAAGUAUUGGUGUAUGAUUAUUACGGAACGUCAGACUCAUUUAACCCACUCAAGAAUGCACAGGUCAUUACAAUCAUGUGUACAUUGGUCGAUGAUACUGAGCCACCCGUACUCGACUUUUGGAAUGUGACAGAGGUCGUUCCACGAUACCGUUACAUAGUCAACUUUAGAGUCAAAGAGAUUGGUAUCUCUGGUAUUGCAUCUCGACACAAUCCAGUUGUCUAUGCACUCAAUAGUGUCAAGCAACUUCUCGCCUUUGAUUCGGUGCGCUCUGGCAGCGAUGGGUUCUUGAGCAACUACCAAGCAGUUGUUGAACUACCGUAUGGGUAUGCCCUCGGAGGUGGGUUUGCACUCUCCAUCUAUGGUCUUGUUGAUAAUACCAUCAACUUUAAUGGGUACUCGACCGAUGAUCUCAUUGCAGAGGGGUACAAUGCAUUCUUUUCAAUGGCCGAUGUUUUGGAUCCCGUUAUAUCAUCGGUCGGCACCCUUGUACAAGAUUCAAAGGGUGUUGGAAGACUGGUUGUAAAGGGUGAUGGAUUUGGGUCACCAUUACAGCUGGCAACGGUCAAGGGUAUUAUAACGUGUGAUGGAGGUGCUGUCAUUCCCGUACCUGCUAUCGAGACACUCCCCUAUCAACUGACACUGUAUGUGUCUCGACCACUCACAUCGGCACAGUGUACCGUUGCUAUCCUCGUCGACGGGUCUCGUAUGUCUGGUGCCACCACCUUUAACGUCUCUACCUACACACCCCCACCCGUUGUCACACUGUGUCCUGGUAACUGUAACAGCCGAGGUAACUGUACAACCACCGGGUGUGUCUGCACACCACCCUACAUUGGUUCUGAUUGUCUCGGUCAAUCUGACAACUCUACCAAAACAGUAAUCGACCAAAACGUCCCCACAACCAACUUCCAAACCAAUCAAACUACCCCUAAUAAUGGUGGUACUACAAGUACUACUGGAUCAACAACUGGAGGAGGAGGUACAACCAACACUACAACAUCACUUACAACUACCAUUUCAUUGGUUGAAAUUGUUGAAAUGGAUUUAGACGACAAUACAGUCAUAUCUUAUAGUCAGUUGAAUUGGACGUCUUACAAUAUAACCACCAACAGUACUGAAAAGCAAGUGUAUCUCUACAACACCACCAUUCAACAAGAUAAUGGUGCAACCGUCAAUGUCACACUUGAAUAUUUGACAAUGGAACAAACCUACAACUUUGCCAACCAAAACUUUACAGUACCCGCUCAAUCUGUCAAAUAUGCAGUCGGUAUAUCAAACUAUAAAUUUGCCAGUCAACUCAAUCACAUGGUAUUAUUAUUCAAUACUAGUAUUGGCAAGGAUGAAUGUGCAAGUAAAGAGGCUGGAUACCUCGACAGUGACAACAACCUAUUAUCAUGGGUACAAUUAAUAGUAGGUCAAAAUGUUUUAUAUGCAAGAUUCCAACAAAAUGCUAUGGUCGAUGAUAGAGUUGUUGCCAUUCAAAAUGCAAUUGUUCAAAAAAAUAACAGUGCUAGUACUGGUUCGUCCAAUAAUACUGCUCUAAUUGGUAUUAAUUUACCAAUAUUUUCAAGUUAUGCUAUUAUUGAUCCUGAUUUUUCAUUAUUGAUUACAGAUAAAAAAUCAAAUACUAAAUGUAUCAAUGGAGAGAUAGUAGAGACCAAUGAAGAGGAUAGUAGUAAUUGGAAGAUUAUUGUGAUUGCAGUUGUUUGUGGUGUAGUUGGUGCAACCAUCAUCACAAUCUCAUCCAUUUAUAUUAUUAAAAAGAAUAAGUGGAAGAUUAGAGAAUAUUCAAUUAAAUUAAAGAGAGCUGUCAAAUAA